GCAACGCUAUAAUUCGGAAAGAAAAAUUGCUUCUCAACAUUUUCUUGGACAACUUAAAACAGAAAAAAAAAAAGAAUGUAUGUAUUUCCAAAGAUAUCUUUGAGACCUGAAGUUGAAAACUAUCUCAAAGAGAGCUUUUUGAACGAGGAGGCUGUGUCAGCUUCUAGCAAAGAAGAAGCAGAAAAGAAGUUUGAGGCUCUGCUACUUCGCCUGUCACACCCUCCAUCGUUCACAACCGUCAGAGUGAAUACGCAUUUAGGCUCAGUUCAGCAUGUCAGAGGCCUGCUGCUUGAGGAGCUUCAGAAGCAGUUCGGUGGAUCCAGCGUUCCGGUUCUUCAGCAUCCAGCCCUUCCAGACGUUUUGCUCAUCCCCAUGACUGGACCAAGGAAGAAUAUAGAAAAACAACAGUGUGAAGUGAUUGUUGGUGCACAGUGUGGCAAUGCAGUAUUAAGAGGGGCCCAUGUCUAUGUUCCAGGAAUUGUAUCAGCUUCAAAAUUUAUGAAAGCUGGAGAUGUUAUUUCUGUAUAUUCUGAUAUUAAAGGCAAAUGUAAGAAAGGAGCCAAAGAAUUUGAUGGAACUAAAGUAUUUCUUGGAAACGGAAUUUCUGAACUCAGCCGCAAAGAUAUCUUCAAUGGGUUACCUGACCUGAAGGGUAUAGGCAUAAGAAUGACAGAACCCAUUUAUCUCAGUCCCUCAUUUGACAAUGUUCUACCCAGUUAUAUAUUUUUACAGAAUUUGCCAUCUACGGUUGUAGCUCAUGUACUUAAUCCUCAACCUGGAGAGAAGAUUCUAGAUUUGUGUGCAGCCCCUGGGGGCAAAACUACACAUAUUGCAGCACUGAUGCAGGACCAGGGAGAAGUAAUAGCAUUGGACAAAAUAUUGAAUAAAGUGAAAAAAUUAAAGCAGAACGCUUCGUUAUUAGGGCUUCAUUCUAUCCGGGCAUUUUGCUUUGAUGCAACAAAGGCUCUUAGGCUUGAUACGACCAAUGGCAUAGAAGGGGCACCUCCAUUCUUACCGGAAUCUUUUGACCGAAUUCUCCUUGAUGCACCCUGCAGUGGAAUGGGACAGAGGCCAAAUAUGGCUUGUACUUGGACUUUGAAGGAAGUGACAUCCUAUCAGCCACUGCAGCGAAAACUCCUUAAUGUGGCAGUUCAACUCCUGAAGCCAGGGGGAGUGCUGGUCUAUAGCACAUGCACAAUAACUCUGGCAGAAAAUGAAGAGCAAGUCGCCUGGGCCCUCAGAACAUUCCCCUGCCUUCAGCUUCGACCCCAGGAACCACAGAUCGGAGGAGAAGGGAUGGUGGGAGCUGGCCUGUCACUGGAGCAAUUGAAACAGCUGCAGCGAUUUGAUCCCUCUGUUGUGCCGCUGCAGAACAUGGACACUGGUUCUCUCGGAGAUGCCAGAAGGGAAGACAUGAUUUGGCUGGCCAACAAGGACUGUAUAGGCUUCUUUAUUGCAAAGUUUCUAAAAUGUCAAAGCACAGAAGAGAAGGUUUCUUGGAGAUGAAAAUUCUGAAGACUUCUGUGUGUGGUGUUUUUUCUUACACCAAAGUGUUGUCAAUCCAACAAAGUGAUGGCAUGGUUACUCAGGAAACAGGAUGAUGCUUACAGCUUCCCCGAGAUCGGAAGGAUCAGUGUGUAUAUGUGGCCCUGGGGAAGUGGGGGCUAGGAAAGCAUCAUCAGCUUUAUGAAAGGAAAUGAGGAAUUGCCUGUCUGGAAUAUACCUUCAGUUUUAACUAAUAAAUAUUGUCUUUCUAUGCAAUAGUUUAAAAACAAGAGGAUAGGGCUGGAGAGAUGGCUUAGCAGUUUAGAGCACUGACUGCUCUUCCAGAGGUCCUG